UAGCGAGUAAUAUGCUCAUACGGAGUACAGUACCAGAUGAUUUAGAGUAUAGCUUACAUCCUGUAUCUUGAUAUCAACCCUCCAACCCGCCGAUCCCUUCCUUCCCGAUCCCAAUCCCUCACCAUCACCACCACCAUCUAUACCCCAGACCCCAGACUCCAACACCACCGACACCUACACAGAAAAAUGCCCCCCACCCCAACUGCAACCGGAAAACUAACCCCCUUCAUCCGCGCCCAAGAAUCCCUCUACGGCCCCAUAACCACCAUCCGCGACCCCGCGCAAUGGACCCCGCCCGCGCAAUCCGGCGGCCACCGCGGCCGCUACCUGUGGACGGACGCGUUCGGCGUCCUCAACUUCCUCACGCUGCACCGGGAAACCGCCCUCCACCACCAGCCCCAAAACCAGCCCCAACCCCCCACCAAGGACCACUACCUCACCCUGGCCACGACGCUGAUCACCACCGUGCACCGCACGCUGGGCACCACGCGCGCCUCACCCUCCACCCCGCUCCCGCCCGCCACGCCCACCAACCCCCUCGCCGGCGGGCUGCGCAUCGGCAAACCGCACGCCCACGGGCCCGACGGCGACGGCCAGUACCACCAUUACCUGACGUUGUGGAUGUUCGCGCUGAACCGGACGGCGGUGGCCACGGGCGAUCGGACGUGGAACGACCAGGCGGUCGCGCUGGCGCGGGCGAUUCAUCCGCAUUUCGUGCGCGGCGGGAGCGGGAGCGGUAGCGGGAGCGGGGGCGGUGGCGGUGGCGGUGGCGGCCCGCAUCACCCACCGCGAAUGGUGUGGAAGAUGGACGUCCACCUGGAACAGGUGCUGGUGGCGUCGGAGGGGAAUCUCGAUCCCGUGGAUGGGUGGGUGGUGUUUCGGUUGCUGCGGGCGACGGAUCGGUGGUUUCGGCGGCGGGAUCAGCAAGGGCCGGAGGACGAGUUGUUAGCAGGCGAGAUUGAGGAUUAUCGGCGGAUCGUCCAGCGGAAGGGCGAGGGGUUCGUCUCGCAUGAUCCCUUGGAUUUGGGGAUGGCGAUGUGGACGGCGCAUUGGUUUGCCGACUCGAAAGGGGAGGAGUGGGCGGGGCGGAUGGCGGGGGAUUGUUUGGCGAGGGUUGAUGAGUUGUUCGAGAGACGACACUUCCUUGACCGCGAUCUCCGCUCGCGGUUGGCCUUCCGUGAGUUCGGGACGUGUUUGGGCCUCCGGUGCAUGGCGGAGCAGUCCGACCAGGACCGCGCGGUCGAGCUGAAGAGCCACGCGGAGCGGAUCGUCGAGUGCUGGGAUCCGUACAUCUGGAUGGAGACGGGCCGCAAUGCGACGCCGGAGGAGUUGCGGCCCAUCACGCGGGUCAUGUAUGCCGCCGCGUUGAUCCCCGGAGCUUUCUGUCGGGGUUACUUCGGACCUGAACCCAUAGCUUGACGGGUUAAACAACCCGAGAGUAAGAGAAUUCACAACAGAUAAUUACCUGAUGCAUUGAGGUAAGCGUACUCUACAAGAUCAGUCAACCAGGCGGUCUCCAAAAAAA